ACAGUUCUGUGCUCAGAUUUGCCAUAGUGUUUCGGAGGACCAAAUAUCACGGAAAUGGAUGACUUUGCUGUUGUGCACUUUCGCACUGAAAAUUCCAUCGAAGUGACUCCUCUCUCAUGGGUUGCCGACGACAGGUUGUCGGUCUUUUGGCCUCCGUACAGUAAGAUGAGGAUUAAGCGUGCUAUUGAGAGUUCUGAGAUUCCAGAGAAGACGACAUGGAGGGAGAUAACGAGCGUAAAAAUCGUUUUUGUUGGAGACUAUGAAAGCGCAAUGCGGGAGGCUGAACAUGCAGAGUACCAGACUGAUUUAUCCGCUCGGACGGAUGACGAAUCUUCUCAAGCAUCUGCGGACGAGCACUUCGUCCCAUCGCCCAAGGUAGCACGGAGCUCGACACAAAUACAGAAACCGAGGAAGGCAUACAAUGCUGCUCUCACCUUCCACUCUCAACCUGCAUUGAGUAGGAGAAAUGGCGUUCCCCAUCACCAACGCAAAAUGACGCCAGGGGGGAAGGACACCACAGUACGUCGUUCAAGUCCAGUACGAAGUCCGAGUACGUCGUAUGUCCUGGACGGUAUGACUAUUGCCUGA